GUUGCAACCAUAUUAUUCAGUGGUGAAAAGUCGUUGCGUGCAGUCAUCCAGUGAUCAUCAAACAAAACGCGAACUAAAAACCAAACUAAAAUGGCCUUCAAGUAUCUGAUCUUCGCCUCGGCUUUGUGCUUGAGCCUCGCCUAUCCGCUGGAGCACCAGUACUACGAGGAGAGCCACGGCUACGAGCACUUGGCCCACCACGAACCGGAGCCCAUCCACGAGUACGGACACCACCAGAUCGAGCGCAUCUCGCUGGGCGAGGAACAUGGUCACCACGAGCAUGCUGAACCCCACUACGAGACCCACGAAUCCCAUGGACACGAUGAACAUGUGGAUUACUAUGCUCCCCCCAAAUACGCCUUCAAGUACGGAGUGAAUGACUUCCACACCGGAGAUGUCAAGUCGCAGCACGAGACCCGCGAUGGCGACACCGUCAAGGGACAGUACUCCCUGGUGGAGCCCGAUGGUUCCAUCCGCACCGUCGACUACACCGCCGACAAGCACAAUGGCUUCAACGCCGUGGUCCACAAGACCGCUCCAGUGCAUCAUCACGAGGAGCUGCACGAGCACCACUACUAAGCCAGGACUCGCUGGGGACUAGAGUUAGCCAAAUUGCUCAUCAGCCGGAAGUAGGAGAAGGAUUAUGAGGAUUGGGAGGAGGGACAAGCAUAUCCACAUCGAUCGACCAUGGAAUCAGCUUCAUAUCUCGUAAUUAGGACAUCAGCACACAUCCAGGCCAGGGACCAAAAGGAUCCACGGCCAUUUCAUUAACAUUUUGUAUAUUGUAUUUUAUUCUGUGAUAGCGAAUAACUUCUACGUGCAUCUUCCGCUUUCAACUGAUCCUUAGUCACUACCUGCUCAGACGAAUUUACCAAUCACUCGACUGUAAACUGUAAACUGU